GUGACAUCAGUAUUGAAUGAAACCGUGAAGAAUUCGUAUAGAUUUUUUUAUAUUAAGCUUAACCUAAUUAGAUAAAUGAAGUGAUCUUAUUUGAAUUUAGGAGUAAAAACUACGGGGCCAUAAUGCGUCCAGUGCUGUUUGUGGCACUCCUGUGCUGCGGGGUGCUAGUUGCUCGCGCAUACGAGGACUCCAACCUUGAAGAUGAUGAUUUUGCGGAAUUUGAGCAGUUUGAUGCUGAGGAUGAACUUCCGGGAGGAGACCAGGGUUUUCAAGAUUUCAAUGAUUUAGAAAAAGAGGCUCCAGCUCAAAAACCUAAACCAAGUGCAAAUGAAGAAUUUGAGGCUGAAGUGGAGACUGAGGAUGAACUUGUUAUUGAGGAUGAAGACAAUGAGUUUGAACACUUCCAAGACCCGGAAGAGUUUGAGGGGUUCCAGGACAACAUUCCCAGGAACACUGAGCAGCCAAAGAUUACCAUUUCUAAGGUCCCAAUUACAGUCCGGCCCCGCUGGGACGCGUAUUGGUUAGAAGGCGCGCUGUGCUGUCUGCUGGCCGGCUACGCGCUAUCUUACGCCGUAGGACGCGCAAAAAACACUGCGAUUGCUACUAACUUUUUAAAACUGCAUAAACCUUUGUUAGACGAUAACUUCACUCUAGUCGGUGAAACGGGUAGCGACGUAGUUUGCGUAGGCGAGGACCGCGGCUGGCGUCGCGAGGCGGAACACUGUUUCACUAUGUGGUGCAGCGGCCGCGUCUGCUGUGAAGGCAUGCUGCUCACUCUAAAGCUCAUCAAGCGGCAAGAUCUAGUCCACGUGAUCCUGGGUAACUUUAGGAAAACGCCAGACACGCUGCAGGCCAGGAUCGAACUCGGCAAAGACGACAGCGAUCCAUUCGUUCUGUGCAUCGCUCAGAAGAAAAUCGCCACGCGCCUCGCCAAGGAAAUGCAGGACUUGAGUGUGUUCUGCCCCGAGCGGCGGCCGGGCGACAAGCACGGCCUGCCUUCCUCGCUCUCCGUCAUGUCAGAAUGCGGCGAGGCCACGGCCGCCAUCCUGGAUACUAGAGUAUCCGCCGCGCUCGCCCAGUACCACGAGCACAUACAGUACAUACACAUCUCCGACAAGUACGCCGGCGUCAAGCAGAUGGAGGAGACUGCAGCCACGAAGCCUCCGGACACUGAACGCGUGCUGAUCGUUUCGCUGGCGUUGGGACCCGACGGCGGCGGCGCUGAGGUCCGACCUCUACUGCUGCUCAUCUUCCAUCUACUGGAGAAGGUCAAGCGCACUCGGCUUAGCAAGGAGGCCCUAGCCAAAUGCGAGAAGCGUCGUCAGAAAGUGGCAGAAGCCUGGCUGCGAGGUGCCCAUGCUGCUCGCCAGGAGCAAGCCGCGCAGCGUCGGGAAGAGAAACGCAAGCAGGAGAAGGAGAGAAUACUCGCUGAAGACGACCCAGAAAAGCAGCGGCGUUGGGAGCUGAAGGAGCAGAAACGCCAACAGAAGCGCAAGACCCCCAAGAUGAAACAGCUCAAGGUCAAGGCGCUCUAAGCCUGUACUCUUACACUCAAGAUACAAUACUCAACUAAAAGUUUCCUAAUAAGGCUGCUUUGGUCCCAUAUAGAUAAUCCCAUGAGAUAUCGUAGAAACGAACAAAAGAUAGUCACUCCCGUGUGAAUAAAAGAGAGAGCGCGAUUUAUGACGACAACUGUAACUCUAGCGCGCUUUCAUCGCGUCUCUUUUAUUUACACGGCAGCGACUAUAUUUUGUUCGUUUCUAUCAUCGAUAGCUCGUCGCUUAGGCCGGUAGUCCACUGUCACAUGUUUAUCAUAGAAAUAUGAUCAUAGGUCUGUAUGCCUCCCUUUUUCUUCAACGUGAAGAAAAAGGACGGCAUGUUGCCUAUGAUAAACAUUAUGAUAGUGGACUAUCGGCCUUACCCGCUUUUGGUGGGACCAGUGCCCUACCUAAUGAAGAGCUCUUUGUUCAUCAGGUCAGUCAGUCAAAUUCUCGCUUCUACUAUAAAAAUGAAGUCUUAACACGAUUUGUAUAUUCAUGUCAAAUGGCAAUCAUAUCUUUACUAGUAAGCGUAGAUACAAUACUAAGUCAUAACAUAACACCCCGUCGUUUUUGCGUCGGGGGUUAAAAAUAGGUGUCUUUGAGUUUGGUCUUGAGUGUAUCCUAUUACGAGUGAAAACUGCAACCUUUUCAAACGUGAUGACUGCUCCCGCUUUGCCAUUUCGAUAAUAAAUAGUGAGGUGCUAAAUUGCAUAAAUAAACUAUUAUUUGAUUCCUGUGUCUAUUAUAACAUGUCUUUAUCUAAAAAUGAAAUCAAUUCAAUAUGAUACAAUCUGUAAUAUAUCGUCACUACUUUUAAAAAAUCUCGUAUCUCACGCUGUUCCUCAAAGUUAAAACGCAGUAAGUCUAUAUGCAUUCCAUACAUACUUACUACAAUUUUCUUUUCAUUUACAGACGAAGAUACAAGUUUUUUUAAAAGUAGUGACGAUAUGUAACUGAUUAUGAUUUUUUUUAUUGUUCAAGGAACAUAGGUAUCUACAUAUCUACACAUUUUCGGCAUUUAAAAUGUAAUAACGUCUAAAAUGUUGUCAAUAAAAAAUAUGUAUUAUAUCUCGAAUAAGCAUCGUGGACUAUUAAUUAAAAAAAAUAUAUUUUACUGUCACUUUGCAACCAUUACGACAAGUGUAUGUAGAUCACUGUCUUGUGACAAAAAUUGCAUGGACAAAGUUAUUUAUAUAGCGUAUUAAACAUUUGGGACUGUUAUUUUAUAAGUGAAGUACGAAUUUGAAUUAUGUUAAUUCUAGUUAUACUAUUAAAUUUAUAUUCAGCAUAAAAAUCAAGUCAUAGAAAUAAUUCUUAUAAGUGUUUUCCUUUUCAUAAAAUUGAAAUGGCAAAUCGGUUAGUAUGGAAGUAUUGUAGUGUUUCUUUCGAAACAAGAGUAUUACUGAUGUGAUGUGUCAAAUGCAAUAUUUAAGUACAGUCAGCUGCAGAAGUCACUUAGGUACUUUACCUUGAAGUGUUUGAUGCCUCAUGGUUUCAAGUACAGUCACUCUCGAAGGCGGUAAAUAAUGUAAUACGCUCUAAUGACUGCAAAUUGAAUCAUAUCGUGCACUUUAUUGCAGGUGGAUGUACCGACAAUCUAUAUGUUUAAUGUAAAAGUACCUAUUUGUGAUCGACUGUACGUUUUUGUUAUUUAUUUACCUCUUAAGUGUUACGUACCUACUCAGUGAGCUCGAUUAAAUGAAUUUAAGUUGCAA